ACACUUCAACUGUUUUUAUUUUGAAAUUAUUACUCAAGCAUGGCACCCAGUUCGGAAAAGCAAAGUUAUGAAGAACUAAUGGAGAACAUGAAACUUUGCGAGGCGGAAAGGAUAUACGCGCUCUCGAACAGUGUCGGAAGAAUCCUGGAUGACGCGGAGGCCCGAAAGAUCCUAAGGCACUUCAUGAAGAGCGAAAAUAAGUCCAUGCAGUGCGUGGACAUCUAUGAGAAGUGCGCAGAGUUUCUUGUGGAGCACCCGAAGUACGAGUCCUGCCACUUUGAAGUCCUGGUCCGACUCGGAUUGCCCUCCCAUCUGAAGCAGCGUCUAUUUUAUCGAUUAAACAAUGCUGAUCCCAUUUCCAUCUGCCUCUGCCUUAAACACAUCCAGGAGGAAUGUCUCAGUGAGGUGGCCGAGUCAUUCAGCGCCUUCAAGGAAUCUAUCACAGAGACCCGAAUGAAUCUUAAACUUAAGCAACUAGGAUAAGUAAAGGAGAAAAAUAAUAUUAUAUGAUAU